AGUACACCACAGAGUACUUUGCAGUACACACUACACACGUAUUAGUGUUCUGUGCUACACACACUCAGUUUUCACUGUCAGUUAAAACUGGUCAGUCAAAACUGACAGUUAAAAGUGACCGUGUGUAGCCCUGUGUAGCCCCCAUGUUCUGUGCACAAACUUCCCUAUAUAUAUAUAUAACAUCCCGCCUAAGGGUAUUAGUGUUCUGUGUAUAACAAACAUUGUAGUGUAAUCUUUGGCACAAACCGCACCACUUUUACAUAUCAAAAUCCACUUCAAAUCAUUAUUAAAACAAUAAUAGGUACAAGAGCAGCAAUCCACCACCGUUCAAGUUCCCUCCGAAACUAUUCUUUAAGAGAAUAUAUGUGUCAAAGUGUAUUUCCUCGCAUUUAUGCUGAGUUGAGUCCUCCGUUAUUGGUGACAAUAUUCCGUUUUGUGUUUGUCGUUGGUAUAUUGCAUACCAUCAUAAUGGGAUACAAAAAGUGCUGUGUUUAUGGUUGCAAUUCAACAAAUGAAACGCACCGGUUUUUUAGCUUCCCUAGAAACGAUAAAUUGAGGAACUUGUGGAUGUCUUUCAUAGCACCCACAAAUCCCAAGCUCAUAGGACUUUCCAAAGAUCAGUUACUCGGCAAACAUGUUUGUGAAAAACAUUUUGAUAGAUAUCAGUUUGAUUAUGAAGGCAAAAGACUUCGAUACUCUUACCCUUGCUUGAUUACUGAGGAGGAAAUAGCUCAUGGUGUGCCUCUGACUGCAACAGGAUGGGAUGUCAUAAAUGAACAUAAUUACUGUAAAGAGCAAGAUGAAGAUAAUGUCACAGAAGGUGUGGUAGAGAUUAGAAUGGCUGGAGAUUGUACAAAUGAACACAAUUACAACAAAGAGCAAGAUGAUUUAUCAAAAUCAUUGGUAGAGAUUGGAUCAUCAGAUGUUGGAAGUUGUCAUGAACAGCCAUUGUAUUCAAAUUUUUCCACUAUUGCAACAGCGAUAGAAAACCAAGAUGCAGUCACGGAGCAGCCUCCAAGUGCAAGUACCAAAGCCAUGGAGAUAGAUGUUCUGGAAGAACUCGAAGAUGAAGAUCAUCUGCCACAAGAGCUGAUUUCGGUGAUUAGCGACGGUUUGCCAAGUCUACUUGUGCCACCAGCAUUAGAACCGGGAGAAGCAGGUUUACAAUGGCUACAAGUGAUUGGAGCUUUGUGCGAUUCGAGUGAGACACAUGAAUGUGUUAUGCAAGAAGUAAGCCCAGAUUCCUUCGAAAACACAUUAUAUAGUGUACUACAAUAUACAUCACAGAAUGGUCCAGUGGGCACUGAAGUGGCUCAACAAGCGGUUAUAGUUAGCGUUCGUACCGCCCUCACUCUGACCCCGCUGUCCAGGGAAUGGGAAGCAGCGCUGAAUAGGCUACUGGCUCAUCACCAGGUUCGUAAAUCAUUGUGCGCCGGCUUGACAAGUAACGAUGGAGCGAGAAGAAUACAAGUGCUACAACUCGUGAAACACCAAUGCUUCCCGUCAGAUCAAAUGAAUCAGGUAUUCGGUGAGAGCUUACACAACGUAUCGGAUAUAAGCGCAGAGAACACAUCGCCGCGCACAGAAUCCGAAAGUAAAGUGUCAUGGGCCGCUCAGAGACUCACACCGGCCGAAGAGCAUGCAACACACGCUCCCAUAACAAAACGGAAUUAUGCGUUGCAUAGCGAUAAGGAUGUAACGGAUCACAUGGCUUCACUACAGCAUGCGUUAACCUUAUUACAAGAUACAAAUUCCACGCAACAAGAUGUUUUAUACACGACGCAAAUGCAGAAUGAAGAACAUAAAAAAACGAUAGAUGAACUUCAUAAGCAGUUAGAAGAUGCUGAAAUCACACUAUGGGAUUUUCGUGCCAAGUUGGCCGCAGAAAGACUUUACAAGGAGAACCAGAAAAAGGAACUUAAGGCUGAAAUUAAUGUAAGAUAUAAAUAUUUUACAUUUACUUUUGGUAUAAUAUGGAAUUAUAUUUUAGAUAAGUUUAGUUAAAAAAAAAACAAUUCAAUUUGUUUCCAGAAUAUGGAGAAUGAAAUGAAACGUCGCGAAAAAGAGGUGGAAGAAAGACUAAAGCAGGCAGAAAUUGAGUACAAAGCUCUACAAAAUAAGUUGGAACAACAGAUUAAUAAAAACAACGAGCUAGCUAGCCUUUUAAUUAAAUUCGUGGAGCGAGUGAAGCAACGCGACAAAAAGUUGCAGAAAGCGGCGGCGUCUGAAAGCGCUUUGAGAAGAGAGCUAGAGAAAAAGGACAGUAUCAUAAAACGGCUAGAGAAGACGGUGUUAGAGCGUGGGAAUAGAACGUACUGAGUAACACAGUUGGAGGAAAUGAAGAGGAUUCAUGAGAUGGUCGCGAAACUAAGCAGCAAAAGCGAACCUUGGCAACUUAACUGUACUGUUUCGCUCACUGGCAGUAAUGGCCCAUUGCAUCACAGAUAAUAUACAUUGACCUAUAUUUUUUGAGGUCUUUUCAUAUUGCAUGGAUGUGUGGCGGCGCUGUCGGUGCGCCACAAGCGAAACACAUCGAAGCCUAAAUCGCGCUAACAAAAGUUCCGAAGUUAAAGCAGUACAUAUAGAAUAGCUCCGAACUACCACUCGGAGCGUUGGCCGCUCCCCGGGCUGAACACCUUGCCCGGCGGGAGAUCUUCCCUUUUCCUUCCACCGCCCACAUUGGUGACCCCGACGCCACAGAUGAUGAUAAUUAUGUCCUUUGAAAUUUAAAAUUAUUGUUUACAAUCUGUUCAAUUUUGAAGACUAAUAAAAAAAAAUUCCUGUGA